UUCAAUCUAGAAGGUAUAAUGGCCAUAUUAUCAGAUCUUGCGCUUGUUCUUGUUGCUGGACUUGCCAUAUCCCUUUAUAUGCAAGAGGCUGGGGCAGUGAAGUUUGAUAUACGGAACCAGUGCGGGUACACAGUUUGGGCAGCAGGACUACCCGGAUUAGGAGGGCAGCAGCUGGACCGGGCUAAGACGUGGACGGUGGAUGUGCCGGCGGGGACACAGGCGGGAAGAUUUUGGGGCCGAACCGGCUGUUCUUUCAAUGCGAGCGGCCGAGGAACCUGUCAAACCGGUGACUGCGGCGGCCAACUGAGCUGCCAAGUCUCGGGAGCCGUUCCGACCACGCUGGCGGAGUAUACCCUCAAUGUAAAUGGCAACACGGACUACUACGACGUCUCUCUGGUGGACGGCUUCAACGUUCCUCUCUCCAUCAAUCCCACCAAUGCACAGUGCACCGGCUCUGCCUGCAGAACCGACAUCAAUGCUGUGUGCCCCGCUGAAUUGAAGGUGGAGGGAGGAUGCAAUACUGCCUGCAAUGUCUUUCAAACCGACCAGUACUGCUGCACUGGUAGUUAUGCCAACAACUGCCCUCCCACAAACUACUCGAUGAUAUUCAAGAACCAGUGCCCUCAGGCCUACAGUUAUACCAAGGACGAUUCUUCCAACAAUUUCUCUUGCCCUUCUGGUACCACCGACUACAGUGUUGUAUUCUGUCCCAAGAUAUGUAUAGGAUCAUACACAUUACAACAUACAAAUUAUCACCCCGUCUUUAGAUAUCUGAUAUAUGGCGGCAUAAAGUAUCAUUUGGUGUUAAGGCAUUGCAUGCCCGUUUUAAGUCUGACAGUUUCUGAUAAAUAA